AUGGCAGCUACGGCAUCAGCGCCGCCUGCCCUCUCCCCGGGGCAGGCGACGCUUGAUCAUGACGAUAGCAACAUCUCCAGCCCUUUGAGCGACGUCGAGGACAAAGACGGCGAGGGCGAAUCGCUAGAUGGCAUGCAGCUGGACCAUCCUCGGGAAGAUGCUGACGAGGCGCUCGACUCUGACAGCAACCUGUCUGAGGCGAACGAUACUGAGGCGGAGACUGAGCGUCUCUACGACACCCCGCAGGCCCAGCGCCACAAGGACGUGGUUGUCAAUCAGUUCAACGACGGCCAGGUCUUUGAUCGCACACCAAGCAAGCUUCAAAAGACAUUUUCCGUUGACGCCACCGACGAUGGUGACGACGACAGCCUUUCCGACCGCGACGACGUGUCGAUGACCUCCAGCCACGCCGACGAGGCCUCGCCCAGCAAGCCCAAGAAGUCGGCCACGCUCCCAUCUACCGAGGACGAUGAUGAGAACACUGAUUCGAAAAAGAGAAAGCGAUCGCCGGUCGCGGAAUCUUCUGAGCCAGGCCAGCCCGCUAGGAAGCGCACCGGGUCGGUCGUGCCCCAGGACCAGGACCAGCACAAGGAUAACGUGGAGAUGCAGGAGGACGAGGUCCCCUCCACAAAUUCCCACACUGGCGAUCACUCUGCGACCGAGGACAAUGCCCCCGAACUCCCGCCUACUAAGCGUGGCCUCUCGCGCGACGGCCAUAGCCCGAUGAAGGACUCGCAAAUAACAAAAAAGAUAACCCGCAACGGCAGUAGGCGGAAGGGCCACGCCCCGGAGACCCACGAACAUGAGGGUCACGAUGGCGACGGUCGCGACGAUGGUCGCGGUGACGAUGACUCGGGACCUCACGCUGACGACCCUGCCGAACAGGAGGGCGACGAUGAUGCUGAAGCGUCAAAGAACGACGAAGAGAUGGAGAGAAAGCGUGCAGCUGUUGAGGAAUGGACUGAUCUUGAGGAGAAGUUUGUGGUCUUCCGUGAGCGAUUGUACAAAGAUCGACUAGAGCGCCUCGAGCAAGAAGAGCAAUCUUUGCAAGCCGAGCCGCCGAGCCACCCCGAAUACCUAAACAUGAAGCAAUGUUUGGACGAGAGGCUAGAAAAGAAACUCCGCAAUAUCGAAAAAGAGUACGAGCUGUCGGUUGAAGCCUUGGAGCGGCUGGCUGUGGCGCGUCGGGCGCAGAUCUGGAAUCAGUUCUACCAAGGAGCUCGAGAGUCACGAUCAAAGAUGCUCGAACACCUCAAUAAGGAAUGGUAUGAGACGCAGAAUGCCAGACGCAGCGCACACAGCGUUCCGGACUACGGGCUUCUAUUUCCCACCAACCCAACACAGCGUACGAGGAACGCUGUUGCCUACAAUUCAGAAGUUUCCUUCUUGGCCGGACUUGCCAAACACGAGGGAUUUCCCGCAGUGCCACCCAUGCGAGGCGCGAACGGGUCGGAGAUUGAAGAUGAUCUGGAGGCCAUGAAGCGCAAUUCGAAGCCACGUCAGCGAUCAAUCAUGCAGCCGAUUGAGGAUUACCAGGCGGUCGCCUUCGGGGGAAAUCUUGGACCUGCCGGUGAGCAGUUCAUCAAAGAUACGCCAUGGGCCAAUCCGAACCACAUUGCGCACAAGAUCACCACGGGGCUUGUAGUGCCUGGUCCUGCCGCAAAAAGCCCAGCAACGCAAGGAGGUAAAACAGUAGCAGGCCCGUCUCACAACCAGUCAAUGCCAGCCAUCACGAACGGCCACGCCGCCGCGCACACGUCGCCGCAAAUGAACCGGUUCACCUCAGCGUCUCCCGAGAUGGUACGAACAGCCAAUGUUCUGACUCAGAGCGCCCAGAUGAAGCGUGCGGGGAGCCGCACAUCAAAAGCUGCGAAGGAUACAGCUCCCAAACAAGAACCAGUAUCGGCGAUGGCAAGUUAA